UACAGUACCACCAUUCCACUGACUGACGUCGCCAAUCAAAGGCACUCCUUUUGAAAUACUGCAUACAAGUCAUUCCGUUUAGGCAUAAGCACUCGUGUCACCUUUCCGGGAUAUGCCUUGUGGAUUUGAUUAUGGGAACGGUCAAGAAGCUGACGGUGAUGAACAAGCCAUUUGAAGGCCUGAGCAGUGUGGAGGUAAAACUGGACUGUCUUCAUCGAAAAGUCGACAGGCUCCUCCUAGGGCAGCAAAAACAGCUGGGUAAAGUUGAAGAACCUCAACGCCGCGAGGCGCUCGAUUUCAACGGCCCUCAGGUCACUGCUCUGACUGCUCCUUGCCAGUGUGGAUGCCAGCAGAACUGGCAAGAAAUGACCAAAGCGAUGACUUCCCUCAUCUCAUCCUGGGAGGGGCAGAGCCAGCGUCUGGAGGCUUUAGAGAAGGUGGUCCUGGGAAUGCACGGCUCUCUGAAAGCACUGGAGACGAAACUCCUGAGACCAGGAAAGACGAGAGGGGCAGCUCAGACACCGCAGCUGAGGCCUUUGAAGAAGAAGGAAGAAAAUACAAAGUCACAUGAGAAAGAAGGUAAGCUGCUAUGUGAAAGAAGAACCAUUAACAGUCAGGACAUACAAGAUGAACGUACCCAGAUGGCCACUCACUCUAAAACACAUGUGACCCAAGAGGCCUCUUUGCCUAAUGAUGUGGAGUGCAAAUCAUCAGCUUGUAAAGGAACCCAAGGUGUCCUCUUCAGCAAUACAGAGGCACGGACUUCUGGACAAGUUGGCACACAGAAAGAGAUGAAGGUGCUCACCACAAAACAGCGAUGUGAGGGCGCAACCAACCCAGCAAUGCAUGAUAAAGAUGGUUUAACAGAACCGAGGAAGACAACCGAGAAAACCGUGGGCAGUAAAGAAGGUGCAGGCUUCAAGGACAUGACCCAGGGCACCAGGCAUAAGAAAUCUCCUCCAGAAGACAACUCUGACCAACAUGGAAGCCUGACGAACCUUAAACACAAAGAACACUUAACCAAUUCCAGUUGUGAGAACCUGGACCCUGCAAUGGUUGUGGGGACUGACAGUCCCAGUCUCAGACAUGUGCACAGCUGCCCCGAGUCCCUGCAAAGUUAUGAGCUACGAAGAAGUGUAUUGGAUCCUAAUGCAGCGGCUUCACAAGUGAUGAGUAACAUCUGUGCAGAGGUGACGGCAAAGACACCUGACUGCCUGGUGACCACGAAUGCUUUUAGUGCGGAGCGGAUGAGACCACACAACCCCAUCGAAAUCAGAGUCACGCCGGCACAGCCCACGGGAGAAGAUGUCCCUCAGAAGGGGUCUGCAUGUGUUAAAGUCAUUGAUGACAGCCCCCCUCCAGCAGCUCCCUUUGAGCAUCGCUUUGUCUCCAUUUCUUCUGGCCUGCCCAGCGCUCUGUUCCACAUUAACACCAAGGAGCUCCUCGGAGGGGGACGAUUUGGGACAGUGCAUCGAUGUACAGAAAAAAGCUCAGGAAUGAAGAUGGCCGCCAAGAUAAUUAAAUUUCGAAAUGCCAAGGACAAGGAUUUGAUUAACAAUGAAGUGCAAGUCAUGAAUCAGUUGAGCCACCCCAACGUGAUCCAACUUUAUGAUGCCUAUGAAGUCAAGAAUGAGAUUAUUCUGAUAAUGGAAUAUGUGGAUGGAGGCGAGCUUUUCGACAGGAUCAUUGAUGACAGCUGCCAUCUGACAGAAGUAGACGCCAUGCUGUUCAUUAAGCAGAUCUGUGAAGGUAUUCAUUACAUGCACCAAAUGUACGUCCUGCAUUUAGACUUGAAGCCAGAGAACAUCCUCUGUGUGAACCGGAAGGGUCAUCAAGUGAAGAUCAUUGACUUUGGACUGGCCAGGAGAUACAAACCCAGGGAGAAACUGAGGGUCUCUUUUGGUACCCCGGAGUUCUUGGCCCCUGAGAUUGUCAACUUUGAUUUUGUCUCCUUCCCAACUGACUUGUGGACCCUUGGAGUUAUUUCAUACAUGCUGUUAAGUGGCCUCUCGCCAUUUCUCGGUGACAACGACAGCCAGACACUCAGCAACGUACUGUCAGUCAACUGGUAUUUUGACGAAGAGUUCUUUGAAAAUGUCUCUGAAGAGGCCAAAGACUUCAUCUCCAACCUGCUGAUCAAGGAGAAAAGUGGCCGCCUGAGUGCCGCACAGUGCCUCAAACAUCCCUGGCUGAACAACAUUGCAGAGAAGGCCAAGAGCAACAACAUGUGCCUCAAGUCUCAGAUCCUACUGAAGAAGUACCUGGCCAGGAGGCUUUGGAAGAAGAACUACAUCGCCAUUGCGGCUGCCAAUCGUUUUAAGAAAAUCAGCAGCGCGGACUCCUUGACAUCCCUGGCGAUGUGACGAUGGCCAUGAAAGUAAUGUUGAAUGUCAGCGUGAGAGCGGACCUGACACCUGAACGAGUAAUGCAUUCUGCCAGCUCAGUGCAAUGAACAUUUGACUGAAUGAUGGAUUUGUAAAGACGGCAAUGUUCCGUAUAGCGCAUACACGGUGACACGUGUCAAUGGAGAAGUCGCAUGAUUCAUUCUGUUAUUUGCAGUGGGUGACUCUGGAACAUGGAGCUGAGGAUAUUUUCACUUCUAAGCCUCAGAGCACUUCUUCAGCAAACAAAAAAGCAAAAAAAGAAUGGAAUGAAAGUAUUAGAACUGUGACCCAAGGAGAGGACAGGAGAGGAGAGCAAUUCUGCAGCCUAGCGCUUGGCAGGUGAGCUGAGUGCUAUUCAGACCAGCGGGACUCUGAGUGGAAGUCCCCUGCUGUCCUGCAUGCCAUUUGACCGCCAGCCAAGAAUGAAAACACACGACAUGUAAACGUUCAAGGUGGCAAAUUGCAACCAGAAACAUGAGCUCACUUUCUACUAAACUGUUGCUGGUUGCUGUCAUCUUUUGUCCCAGUUAACUGCGGGGUCAUUUUGAAUGUUUUCGACAGUGCAUUUUAAAUUGCGUUUGUGUGUCUCCCCGUGUACUCUCAGUGGCCACUUUAUUAGGUACACCCAUCUGGUAUUGGGUGCAACCUGUUUUUUCCUCGGAAUUCUCUGAGGCAUGGAUUCCACAGGUUGCUGUAGGGGUUGUGCCUCAUUCUGACUUGAUGGCAGGAAUGCAACCGGCUUUGUUUUUUUUGUACCUCUGUCAGCGAAUAACUUCAAUUUACUGCCAUCCCAGUUAGACAUCUGCCUGACUGAGUUGGGAGCCCAUGAAGACACAGCACUAUAAUUUUAUUCACAGCUACUUUCGCUAUUUAUGGGCCGCCACGUGACACAUCUCAAUGUCUCUCAUACGUUUGUGGAACCAGCUUGAGGUGUGCGCUUUGGGACAUGGCACAUUAUGAAUCUGAAAAAAGGGAAGACUUUGAUAACGAAGAGAGGCACAUGGUGCUCCAAAUUACACUUCCUUGGUAUUAAGAGGCCUAAUGAGUGGCAAGAAAACGCUUCCACCGUCCAUAAGUGUCAUUGACACUGGGCAAAGUAGAUUCAUGGUCUUUACGCCAAAUAUGGGCCUACCUAUAUGUGCCACGGCAGAAAUCAAGAUUGCCAGACUAGACAACAUUUUCCCAAUCUUCUUUUGUCCAAUUUUGUUGCCCGCUUUCCUACUGUAACCUCAUCCUUUGGUUCAUAGCUUAACCCCGUAGCCAUAGCCCAUCAACUGCGUUGCUGCACCAACCACAUGCUGGACCAGCUUGGGAUCCUGGUUGGCAACCCCCCAGGCAGACACGUGGUCCAGCCCCACCCUCCAGAAAUGACCAUCUA